AUGGCUAGUAUGCCAUCUAUACUCAGACCAGAGUGCUGUAAUCUCAGCCCAGAGUGCUGUAAUCUCAGCCCAGAGUGCUGUAAUCUCAGCCCAGAGUGCUGUAAUCUCAGCCCAGAGUGCUGUAAUCUCAGCCCAGAGUGCUGUAAUCUCAGCCCAGAGUGCUGUAAUCUCAGCCCAGAGUGCUGUAAUCUCAGCCCAGAGUGCUGUAAUCUCAGCCCAGAGUGCUGUAAUCUCAGCCCAGAGUGCUGUAAUCUCAGCCCAGAGUGCUGUAAUCUCAGCCCAGAGUGCUGUAAUCUCAGCUCAGAGUGCUGUAAUCUCAGCCCAGAGUGCUGUAAUCUCAGCCCAGAGUGCUGUAAUCUCAGCCCAGAGUGCUGUAAUCUCAGCCCAGAGUGCUGUAAUCUCAGCUCAGAGUGCUGUAAUCUCAGCCCAGAGUGCUGUAAUCUCAGCCCAGAGUGCUGUAAUCUGUGUCAGCUCAGGGCGCUGAGCAUAUUGGACACAACAUUGCACAAUCUUAAAGAUAAGUAUAAUUGA